AUGAAUUACAACUCAAGUGAAGCAUCAAAUGGUUACAUAAUCCAUAAUGCAAAUAUUUAUACUUCGGAUGAUGAUUUACCAAAAAUUGAAUCAUUUGUAGUAAUGAAUGGAAAGUUUAUAGAUGUUGGUAAUAAAAUUGAUUUAAUGGAAAAAUGGAAAGGAUUUAAAAGUAUCGAUUUAAAAGGCCGAACCAUAUUACCUGGAUUAAUUGAUGCGCACGGGCAUUUGCAAUAUCUUGGAAAUUCUUUACUAUCAGUGAAUCUCAUAGGAUCAAAAUCGGUUGAAGAGAUGCGUGAAAGAAUUCGAGAAUAUAUAAAUUCACAUCCUGAUAUCGAUCCUACCACGGAAUGGAUUGUAGGAUGGGGAUGGGAUCAAACACUAUGGACAUCUAAAUCAUUUCCAACUUGUAAAGAUAUAGAUUGUGAUCCAUUUCUCGAGAAAUACUCAAUCUCGAUGACACGUAUUGAUGGACACGUUGUGUUAGUAAACAAGAAAAUAUUAGUUAAAAUUGAAGAAAAGGUUGUUGAUGGUGGCGAAAUUGGAAAAGAUAAAGAUGGUGAACUAACUGGGAUUUUCGUUGAUAACGCUAUGCAAUUAAUUAUGAAAAUCAUGCCCUCGCCAAGUGAACAAAAAUUAUUACAGCAAUUACGAUUAGCGAUUUAUAGAAUGCAUUCUUUUGGAUUAAUAGGAGUACAUGAUGCAAAGGAGUUUAAUAUCCGAAAUUAUGCAAUGGUUGAAGUUCUAAAUAACAAUUAUAUUGAUGACAUUGAGAUUGUUGAAGGGUUAGGUGAUGGAAGAUUGACUGUUAGGAGCGUUAAGCUAUUUAUGGAUGGUGCUUUGGGAAGUUGGGGAGCAGCAAUGUUGGAACCUUAUUCCGAUGAUCAAACGAAAAAUGGGUUUUUAUUGUCUGAUCCAGCUUUAUUACCACCCGAAAUCAGAAAAUGGAUGGAUAAGGGAAUCCAAGUUAAUACACACUGUAUAGGUGAUAAAGCCAAUCAUUUGGUAAUCAAUGCAUAUGAGUCAGCUUUUAAGGAUCGUGUACUAUCACAAAAUGUCGAUAAAGAAAUGUCAGAACAGGAAAUUGAUGAAGAAGUAAAGAAAAUUGCAGAGAAAGUUAGAUUUAGAAUCGAACAUGCACAAAUUUUGACUUUUGAAGAUAUUAAACGCGUUGGUAGAUUGAAUAUAAUACCAUCAAUGCAACCCACACACGCAAUUUCUGAUAUGAAGUAUGCUGAACAGAGGCUAGGUAGUGAGCGUAUUAAGGGCGCAUAUGCAUGGAGAAGUUUCAUAGAAGCAGGGGUAAAAGCAUUCCCGCUUUCUUCCGAUUUUCCUGUUGAGCAUGUAAAUCCAUUUUUAGGAUUUCAUGCUGCUAUUUCAAGGAAAGAUGUUGACGGAAAUUCCCCACACGGCGAAAAUGGAUGGUUCCCUUCACAAAAAUUAACUCGACAAGAGGCAUUAAAAGGAUUUACUAUAGAUGCUGCUUAUGCAGGAUUCGGCGAAACCGUAAUGGGAUCAAUUACUAUAGGAAAAUAUGCCGAUUUUGUUAUAAUUGAUAGAGAUAUUAUGGAAGUACCUGAAAUUCAAAUUGUCGAUACACAAGUAUUAACUACUGUAUUUGGUGGUAAAGUUGUUUUUGGUGACGUACUUAAAGAUGUAAUUUAA